UUGGGUGGAGGGAGACGGACCCAGUGUCAUGGAGGCAGGUCUGCUUGCUGGCUGUCCGUCGACCUGCUCCCUCGCGUUACCUGACAGCGCUCGCCAGUGUUUCCAAAGCCGCGUCCACCGAUGGGUCGGCUCGCGAUUCGCUCCUGAGCUCGUCAAGCUCGCCACGCUCGAAUGCCAUCGCGUAGUCGCCGUCGUCGUCGUCGCCGACCCCUCUCGAUACCUGCUCUACGGGACCGUCUGUACGUCGGACCAUCCUCCUCUUCGUUGUCCUCUUCGUCGUCCUCUUCGUCGUCCUCUUCGUCGUCCUCUUCGUCGUCCUCCUCGACAUCGUCGGCAGGUCGGAAACGGAAGCUGCGUGUGUCGCGAGUACACGCUCGCGAAGGGAGACGGGUGAACGGCGGAGGAUAUAGAGGGCAAUAGAGAGAGACGGGAGAGGGUACAGAGAGAGGUACCGAGCGGAGAGAGAGGGAGGAAAGUGACACGUUGCGAUACGAUCGAUCCAACGACCAAGUUGUACGUGCGUUUUAAACGAACACGCUCCGAAAACACGGUCCGCGCAAUGUGCUCGUGACAAGAGUAGCCUGUUCCUCGAAUCGCUCGUUGCUCACCGAUACGCCAGCCUUCAGCCGAACAUUCAUCCGUUGAUCGGCCAAGGAAACCCGAAGAAGAAGAAGAACACGACCAAGAAGAAGAAGAAGAAGAAGAAGAAGAAGAAGAAGAAGAGGAAGAGGAAGAGGAAGGCGAGAGACAGUGAAACGUAGACCGGACUAGCGAGAGACCGAGGAGGAAACGGAUAAAACGUGGGCGUUGAGUGAUUGUUGUCGGUGCUAGUUUCCAUUGGGAGUCAUGAGAGAUACCACGGAUAUGAUGGAGGACUCCUUGUCCGAGGACACGAUGAUGGACUGCGCAGGCCUGGAAGACCUCGUGGAUCUCUCCAGCGACGUCGCAGAUUCAUCCCCUACGAUUCGAGAUGCCGCGGAGAGGUUACUGACGUUGUUGGGCGUGGACGAGGAGAACGAGGACCUGGUGUCCUCCUCCGAGGACGAGGGCGUGGAGCUGGACGUGGACGAGCUGGAGGACGAGGAGGAGGAACAGGAGAACACCAGGCUGCUGCAUCAGCUGGCCGCCUCUCUGGCCAAGGAGCUGAAGCAGUCGCAGCAGAGGCAGAGCUCGAGUAGAACGAUGACGAGAGAUCCGUUCGACAUGGAUCGGAUGGAGCUGAUAGGGACGAGUUACCUGGAACACAGUUGCCUUCAGCAGCAAAAUCCGAAAGGGACGAGCUGUUAUCGCGACAGCGGGUCCGAUAAGUGCCAGAGACAGGAGGCGUCCCGUUCGUUCGGCAAGCAACGCACGAUUUCCGAGUCGUAUCAGUGUCUGGACGGUCGUCUGAGGAUGGACCAGGAGCCAGAGGAUGGCGGCAGCAGCGUCGAACAGGUUCCAGCGUCCUGGAACGCCGGCUGGGACGCCUGCGCCACGGAAGCCCUGAGAUAUCUCGUGGAGGACGAAGGACUGCCGCCUCAUCAUCCCACGGUCCUGGCCAUGAAGGACCAUCUGGAGCUGCAGAGGGAACGGACCUUCGCUCGGUACACCACGUAAACGAGUCGCUCCGAUUUUAUCGGACCAGCUACUUUUUUUUCCCCAACGGAAGCCUGGUUGGCUUUCACCGAUAGCGAUGCUUCUCGCGAGCGAGAGCAAUCGGAUGGGAACGAGAGGGUGUUUCCUGUUCGCUCUCAGGGGUUCACGAGCGAAUCUCGAAGCGGUGGUACGAGUGUCGCGAACCGAGAGGUCUCGAGGAAGUCUUGGGCCACUCUUUGCGACGUCCUCGUAGUUUUCAGGCAAGGCGUGCAACCAUUCACGAACGGAGUAAUUGCUGGGAAUAUCGGCUCUUCGAGGAUUCCGAAUGGGCGAUGAAUCGUUCACCUCUGACAUUGCACUCUCGGGAAUCCACGAAUGGCUCCUGGUUCCUUCGAAACCCGCGUUCGCUUUCCGAUCGCCUGCGCCUUUCGCGAUCUUCCCGCCGUGCAGAGAUCCCUCGAGAGACGAGACGCGGGAAAUCCCUGGAAAUCUCUUGCCAUUCGGAUUAAAAUGCAUUCACCGUGUGUUUGUAAAGUAAAACGACGCGCUUUCGUGCUCGCCAAGUGGAUUCCAACUUCUCCGUAGAUCUUCCGGAGGAUGUGGCUGUGGCUUCGUUCCGGGCGAGUCUUUUCAGCGCGAGUUUCCUCGCCGAGCAAUUACCGUGAGAACGUCGCGCGACUCGCUUCCUCGUCGUUCCGUUUCGUCGUCGCGCGUCCGAAGCGAACGUCCGAUCCUCUUCGCGCGCGUUUGUCCAUCAUCGCGACGAACGAAGAUCUCCAUCGGCUCCGCGAAGAGCGGAGAUUGGCUUUCGAUCGGAUCCCAAGACGGCGAAACGAUUGCAUUUUUUACUAGCUAUUGUACAGUCACCGAUACUUUCCGUUUCUGGCUGGGAGAAAAGGAGGUGAAACAAAAUUGAUCGCGGAUCUAUCGAUCCGCGUGGUUCUUCAGGUUCCUACAUUGAUGAUACGCGGCAAAGGGAGGACGAACUUAACAUCCAAUGGCGCGUACAGAUUCACGUGUUUGCGUUCCAUCACCAAAUUAGCAUGCUCGUUUCUCCUUUAUUUUCCGCAAAUAGACGAGCCGAUUUUUCUUAUUUUUUUAUCUCUCCUUUUUCGUAGUAGCACGAUUUUGUACUCGUUUUCAUGUAUCGUCGUUAGUACUAUUGUAAUCGUACCUUUUCUUUUUUUUUUUUUUGCUACUCA